AUGCUUCAUGGAUUACCACAGGUAUUUACUGUAGUUAAAUUUCACCCAAUAGGCUGCUCAAUUUAACCGCGGAGUCGCAUAUAAAGGUACCAAAGUUAUUUUAAGCGGUUAUUGUGCAAGUGUAACACUCUUUAAAUUCCUUUCGCAAGGGUUUGUCAACUGUUGCGGGUAUUAGGGAACGUGCGCGUUGUAGACCGGACGGUCUGACUAGAAGGUAACUCGUGUUGCUAGUAACAGAUGUAAACUGCUUCGCCCUCCAGUCUGCGCCAAACCCCCGUUAAUGUUACCUCUGAUACUUUAGGUCACCCGGCCACCGAAGUCGACAUCAUCGGAGCGGAAGCCAUCACAAGUCAAAUCAUGGCUACCGUCAUCGACGAGAUAGGUCAUCUUCGCGGUCCAAAAAGCACCAAGAUCGCCACAACCGCCACAAUGACUACAAAGAUCACAAAUAUUCCAGGUCCUCUAAACGGAAUGUCUCACCAUUCAGUGCCGCCAGACGUCCGCCAGAAGGUGCCGAGGAUGAUUGA